AUGUUGAAAUCAUCUUCAUCACCAAGGCUUGAUCGUCUUUUAUCGAAGCUUCAGGCUGCUGAGACUAUGCCUCGUGAUACUAGAAUUAUGCUCGAUGUUGCUGACAUCGCAUGGAUCUGUAACGAAGCAAUAAAAGCGUUGAAGGCCGAGCCAGUCCUUUUAAGCCUUCAAGCUCCUUUAACCAUCAUAGGAGACCUUCACGGACAGUUCUAUGACUUACUUAAAUUCAUCAAAAUGGGUGGAAAUCCAGGAACUACAAAUUAUCUAUUCAUGGGCGAUUACGUCGAUCGCGGUAAGAAUUCAGUAGAAACAUUCACAUACCUAUUAUGUUUAAAAGUCAAAUAUCCAAAUAACUUCUGGCUCUUAAGAGGUAAUCAUGAAACAAGAGAAAUUUCUCGCCUUUACGGUUUCUAUGAUGAGUGUGUAGCAAAUUACAGUCAAGACGUGUGGGCCAAGUUCACCGAUGUAUUUGAUUACUUGCCAAUCGCUGCUGUAAUCAGUGAAAGAAUAUUCUGUGUUCACGGCGGCCUUUCCCCCGAACUUCGUGAACUUAGUCAAAUAUCAAAGCUUACGAGACCAAUACGCAUUCCAGAAUCAGGUUUGCUUGCCGACCUACUAUGGGCUGAUCCGAGUAACGAACAUAACGGUUGGAGACCAUCAGAGAGAGGCACAUCAUAUUCAUACGGACCUGAUGUAGUUGACAAUUUCUUACAACGACAUGAUUUUGACCUCGUUUGCCGAGCUCAUCAAGUUGUUGACCGCGGAUACGAGUUCCCAUACAAUCCAAAACAGACAGUUCUUACUGUAUUCUCCGCACCAGACUAUUGCGAGGAGUUCAUGAACAAAGGAGCAAUGUUAAAGGUCGAUGAAGAAUUAAGAUGCACAUUCAGCUUCAUUGACCCUCCGAAAAAGCGUUCAUCUAAUGGGCCAAGACGUCCAUUGACACCAUACUACUAA